AUGGAGAUUGAGGAGCAAUGGGUAGGAGAUGAAGGUGGGUCGUCUUCCUCUCCCAAUAAAUUUAUGGAAAGCAGCAUAGGAGAGAUAAUAGAAGAAGAUCAGGAGAUUGAGAUCCUUGGCACAAUCAAAGAAGAAUCUAAAACGAUUGGUGGUGGUUUUGGUGGUGAUGAUAAUGAUGAUAACGUUUAUGUUGCAGUAGGGAAGAGCAAUACAAGCAUGGAUGCACUCAGAUGGGCUUUGAAGAACUCCCUCAAACCUUCCUCCUCUGUUUUUCUCAUCCAUGUCUUCCCGGAGGUUCACCAUAUUCCCACAGCCUUGGGGAAGUUUCCAAGGAGCCAAGCAAGCACAGAGCAGGUGGAGAACUACAUGAACCUAGAGAGAAGCAAGAGGAUUGAACUCCUCUCCAAGUUCUUGAAUCUCUGUUCUCAGGUAAGAGUAGAUACUAUAUUGAUUGAGAGUGAUCACACAGCAAAGGCAGUUCUGGAUCUCAUCCCAGUCCUCAACAUAAGGAAGCUGGUGCUUGGCACCAAUAAAUCCAGCCUGAAGAAAGGGAGGAAGAAAGGGAUAGCUGAUGUGGUACAGAGGGAUGCACCGGAGUACUGCGAGGUUAGUAUCAUAUGUGAAGGCAAAGAUGUGAGUCGAGAGAUGAUGAUGAUGGGAAUGCCUACUACCCCUACACACACCACCAUGGGUACCCCUUCCCCUUCUUAUUCCCAUUCUCAACUCCCACCAUACCCAGAUGGAGAAGAAGCAGCAGCAGAAGCCAACGGUGGUGGCGGUGGUGGUGGUAAUGAGGAUGCCAUUAAAAGAACCCCACGCCACAGUUCACACUCAAACAAUAAAAACCAUCAUAAGAAGAAGGGAAAGGAUGAUUCAUUCUCCCUUUGUAUGUGCUUCUUCUCCAAGUCCACGUAGGCAAGCAGUGAAAAUCU